ACGUGAGAGUGAUUGUUUCGUAUUCUCCGUGGUACCCGAUCCAAUGUAGCCGACAUUAGAUUUGUUUAUUGGUGGCUGACUCGGAUUCUCAUAUUUACAUUCCAUAAUAAUUUAUACAUAGCCUACCGCAAUAAUUUAUGCUUGGUAGUUUCUCAUAAUGCAGGCACUAUCCGUAAACGUUUUUCCUAUUUCAUACUCACAAUUCUGCUUCAUCUGCUGUAUUUUACAAACUAUUUUUGCACAGUCGAACCCCGGGCCAAGACCUGCACAGUCUCGUCCGUUCAGACCGCAUCUCCAGUGGGCAAACAACGGACGCGUCUUCAGCUUGUUCAGUCGAGGUUCUCAAUAUGUCCCAUCCGGCUUGAGGGCGCGCGAACCUGAUCCCCAGAGCUCCGUUGUAGUAAUCAGUGAUAAUAAUGACACAUCCGCGGCGCUGAGUACAUCCUCCGUCCGUGCGCAAAACCAAGAGUCAAGAAGUUUUCCAAGACGGCCGCUGGUCAGGACGCAGGGCUUUUCCAGAGAGCGGAACCUCAACGCGCCCGGUGACACAGAGCGUCCUACGGUCCCUCCAACAGUGCGCAAUGUUGGGGGUGAAGAUGGAAUGGUCGCUGACGACCCAUAUGAUCCGUACAAGUCCCUCACUAAUCCCUAUUACAACUACUACGACGCUUAUUUUCGGCCCAGAGCUAGGACUGGGGCGAGAGAGAGCGAACGCUCAAACUCUGUCCAGCACGGUCUCCCGGACCUAGUGCCUGAUCCCUACUACGUCCAGAUAUCGACUUAUGUGCAGAGAUCUUCCAUGUAUAACCUUCGAUGUGCAGCCGAGGAGAAUUGCCUUGCCAGCUCAGCUGCAUCAGCAAGAGAUUAUGACACGCGAGUGCUCUUGCGCUUCCCAGGGCGUGUGAAGAACCAAGGCACUGCAGACUUCCGGCCCAGUCGUCCACGCUACGCCUGGGAGUGGCAUAACUGUCAUAACCACUUCCACAGCAUGGAUCAGUUCUGCCACUAUGAGCUGCUGGAUGCCAGUACACAGGCCCGUGUGGGGGAGGGUCAUAAGGCCAGCUUCUGCCUGGAGGACACCUCCUGUGACCCGGGAUACUACCGCCGCUACGCCUGCACCUCUCACACCCAGGGACUGAGCCCUGGCUGCUAUGACACCUACAAUGCAGACAUUGACUGCCAGUGGAUUGAUAUCACUGAUGUCAGACCAGGGAAAUACAUUCUGAAGAUCACUGUGAAUCCUGGGUACCAAGUUCCGGAAUCUGACUUCAAUAAUAAUGUUGUGCGCUGUGAUAUUCAGUACACAGGGAACUAUGCUCAAGCAACAGGCUGUCAUGUAUCUCAAUUCUAAGCAAUAGAAGCGGCCCUUAUUAUUAUUAUGCGAUGACCAUCUUGGAGCCUGGAACUGCCUUCAGUUAAAAGUUACCUUUCAAAGAGCUAUCAGCAGGAGGAUAGGAUUUUUAGGAGUAAUGAAAAGUAGUAAAAGAAGUAGCACCAAGAUCAUUGAAAGAGACACAUCAGGAAGGCACAGUAACAAAAGCUAUAUUUCUGUUUUUAUGCAUUCUGGCUUCAACUAUAUGAUCAUUUUACCAAAGCAUUUAAGUUUUAUAAAAUGUAUAAGCACUUGAAAACAAAGACCCAAUGUUUUAAUUCAUUUAUUUGAAAAAAAAAACCUUCACUAAUUCUCUUCAGUAAAUAUGUCUUGGGUGUAUUUAUUGUUUGUACACAAACAGUAUUUGUGUAGGAUAUUUGUAAUGUAGAAUAGGCUGGCUUUGUAUAAAACAUAAUCAAGAAUCACAGUAUAAAUAUGAAACUGGUGUGUUGUAGAUUUCAUUGUCAGGUGUCUGUCCUUCUUCUCUCUCCUUACUAAUAAUUGCAUGGUAUUCUAAUGUCUGCUGUUACCAGACUAUUCUAACAAUAACAUUCAGCCUAGAAGCUUUGUGUAUAGAUCAGUAAAUCUGUAUUCUUUCUUAAUUGUGAAGACAACUAUGCAUAAAGUAUUUUUUCCUAUUUAUGCUGGUGCUAUUAUGACAAUAAAAUAAUUAAUAGAAUGGUGGUGAUAUAGACAAUCAAUACUUGAAUAAAGGCUGUUCUGAUAA